ACAGCGACGCCAUUUUCGCGUUGGAUUUGAUUGUGCUCUGUGUCUUCUGUUACAAAAUUUUAUUUUAUAAACAAAUACAAUUGCGUAUUUUCAUAAAUAGUAUUCAAUCUAAAUGCUUUCAAGUUAUGUUUUGCACUAAACCGAAAUGUGUCGAUAAAAGUUUAGUAUUCGUGGUGUUAUUCUCUGCGCGGGAAAUGUGACUGCGCCCAAUAUCAAUUUGGUUACACAUUAUACAUUACUUGUUAAAUAAGACAACAGUGCAAAAGGUUAUAUUUUACCACAAUGAUUCCAAAUAAAAUACGAGAAAGUCGAAGAAUGAAAGCUUUGAAGCUCCCAAAAAACCUGGAACGCUUAUAUAAAGAAGGAAAAUGCCGUGAGUGUGCAGUUGUUGUUACUCGUAUGGACUUUGCCAAGAUACUUGGUAAAUUUACGAAAGUGAAAAUUCAAUAUGAAAGCAGUACAACACCGAAAUCAAAACCCAACACUGAAAUGACUUCACCAAACUCAAUGUCCCGAUUAAAAAGUAAUGAGAAUGGUAUGGUCCUUAUUCAAAGAAAAACAUUCAAUCAGAAUUCAUUAAAGGAUAGUACAAAAAAGACAAGAGUAAGAGAAUCAUCACCAAUUGCUACCAAUAUAUUGAAGGAAAACAAUAGGUUAAAAAAACCUGUACUAAAAGACAAAAACUCCAAUUACAGUAAUGAAAAGCAGAAGACUAACAAUAACCUCAAACAUUAUGGCAUUGUAUUCGAGGAUCCUUUGGUUAGUAACAAUUGCAAUAAUGAUGUUAAUUUAAAAAUAAUGUUGUGUGAUUUAUUGGCUGAAAUUGAUGAAAGUAUACUUCCAUCUGAAGACUGGUGUAUUGACUAUUUUCCUAAAAAAGAUGAGCCAAAGGAUGACCAAGUAUAUGAUAGAAUUGCUGCUGAGUUGGAAGAUCUCAUGUACAAUGAAAAACCGGAUACGAAGGUGGAGGAAAAACCAGAAGUUACAGAGGGCAAAGUUGAUGACUUUCCAUCUAUAAUGGAUAUUCUGAAUGAUAACAGUAGUGAAAGCAAGCCUAUUGACCAAAGUAGUACCCUUGAAUUUAAAUCUAAUUUAGAAUCUAGUGAUGUUGAAGCUAUGCUCCUCGGUAAGCCUAAUACAACAUGUGAAACCAUGGUCCCAACACCUAUGGAAGUUGAUAAUACUACCAUGGGUAAUUUGAUUGAAGAUGUCACUCAACUGAAUACUAUUCAAGAUACCUUAAAUAAUGUUGAAGAAUCUGUAGCUGUCAGUGAAGAUAUCUUGCCAAAGUUAGAUGUAUGUGAUGAAGUUGAAAACCCCCACAGCCCAUCCAUACUUGAUGAAGCUCUUCAAAAAGGAAUUGAAGAACAUUUACCUGCAAAACCUAUUAUUGAACCGAGCCUAGAAGAAGAAGAGACAAAAGAGAAACAUGAAAAUGCAUCUGUUACUCAAACAGAGGUAAAGGAAACAGAAAUUAAAGUUAUGGAUGCAGAAAACAAGGUAACAGAAUCUGAAAUAAAGGUAUCGGUAACAAAUAUUGAUACUGAAAAUAGUGACUCUAAUAAUGAUGUCAAGAGCAAAGAAAGGAACUUGUUAGCUUUGAAAGAUGAUAUAACACAUGUUAUAUUUAAAAAGACUAAAGGGGGUGCAUGUUCUAAAUCUGUUACAUGUCCAAAGAAUUUAAAAUAUUGUAUUGAAAUAGAAGAUAAAUCUGUUGAAUUUUUAGGUGCACCUAAAUUUAUUACAAGCUUAGAAGACUUAAAAGUGCUUUUACAGAUUGUAAAUGAGAGUGAAUUAGAUAGUCUAUAUGUAUUGCAUUGAGUUAUUCGACAGAAUACAAAAUAUGUAUAUAAUUAUAUAUAAUACCCAGUUAUUCAUAACAAAACCCCUAGAUGAGUUGUGGCCAUCAACAUUUUAAAACUUAGUGCCUAAAUCUUAAUUGGUAUGUGUUGAUUAAAAGACUGUUUGUUGAUACAACUCCAUUGAAAUAUGCUAAGAGCAUUAAUUUCUGAAGAAUUAAUCUAGAAGUUACAUUUUGUUAAAUUGAAUAGCUUGCGUUUGUGGACCUAGGUAGUGUACAAAAUGUAUUCAAAACUAAUUACAUUAUCACUGCUCUGUACAGUAAAAAUCCUUCAAAACUAUUCUGUCUGGAAUUUCGUCAGAAUAUGGCAAAUUCUCUUUAAAAACAAAAUAAUCAGCAUCAUAACAUUAUGAUAAUGACUGAAAUAUUGAUCAAAACUACAUAAUAAUAUGUAUUGUCAAUAAUUAUCAUGAAAUAUAAUUGCAAUUUAAUGAUUGAAGUAUUUUAGUACAUUUUUUAAAAUUAAAUAGACAUCAAAUGAUAUCUUUCGUUAUUUAAAAUGGCAUCUACCUAGAACUGUUUCUGCAAUCAGCAUCAUAUUAUUAUAAAUAAUUCAUAAAUAUAGACAAAAAGCUAU